UCUUGUCAUAAGAACAGACUGACAGAUAGUCGUAUUUACGAAAUUUUAAUUCUCUCCGAAUUUACAAGUCAAACGUGCUUGUCCUCUUCGAGCUAAGGCCUUUCCUUUUAGGCGACUUGCACUAAAAUAAUUAAAAAUGGCAUCAAAAGCUGAAUUAGCUUGUGUGUACUCUGCUCUGAUCUUGGUUGAUGAUGAUGUAGCCGUAACUGGUGAAAAAAUUUCAACUAUCUUGAAAGCAGCAGGUGUUGAUGUAGAACCCUACUGGCCUGGCUUAUUUGCUAAAGCACUAGAAGGGGUAAACGUACGUGAUUUGAUCACAAACAUCGGAUCAGGAGUGGGAGCAGCACCGGCUGCCGGUGGAGCCCCUGCUGCCGCCUCUGCUGCAGCUCCUGCUGCUGAAGCUGCCAAGGAAGAGAAGAAAGAAGAAGAACCUGAAGAGUCAGAUGAUGACAUGGGUUUCGGUCUGUUUGACUAAAAGGCUUUAUUUUAAAAGCUUUUAUUCCGUUUUAAGCUUUAUGAAGCUUAGGUGUAAGAAACUGACUUUAAUAUAAAUUUUUAAAAACUAAAA